CUUUUUGUGAAACUUUUAAUUUGCAGUGAACGUUCUUGUCUGUCCUUAUUAUCGUUUUAUUAAAUUAAAAGAAGUAAAUUUAUUGUGCUCAAAUAAAAUAUGAGUUCUAAUGAUGAAUACCAAUUGCAAAAUCAUAUGGAUCCAGUGGAUUUCGAUUUGUAUUCCGGGCGUAUGGGAGAGUUCAAUACUUCCGCUUUGCACAGAAAAUUGAUGAGCAAAGUGGAAGCAUUACGUAUUUUACGUACGGAGCUUGAAAAAUUUCGUACGGAACGAGAUCAAUUCAAAUUGAUGGCUGAAACUUUACAACUGCGAUACUCAGCUAUAACCCGUAAUAAUGAGUACAACAGCUGCCUUAGUUUGGAGGGGAACAAAACUAGCGUUGCAUCAAUAUUACAUGAGACCCGAGAAAGAAAUAUAAAAUUAACUACAGAAGUAGAAUCCUUAAAGCAAAAACUAAACGAACUGCGUGGUGAUAUUGAAAUUAUUAGAGCUUCUGCCAAAGAGGGAAAAUUAGAAAAGUCUCAAAUUGAUAUGGCUAUUGAGGCCAGUAAUUCUGAUAUGUUACAAUGGAAAGAAGAACGUUCGACUUUCAUCUGCCAUCUAGAAAUUUUGAAAAAGAAGAAUGUGCAACUCGCUUUUGAUUUAAAAACUCUGAUCGAUGAAAAGGAGGAUAUCAUAUCUGAGCGUGAUGCUUACAAAUGCAAGGCUCACCGGUUGAACCACGAGCUAUUAAAUGCAUUGAAAGCAAAUAAAGCACAUCCUAAGUUUCUUGACAUAGAUGGAAUUUUGCUGGAAAACAAGUAUCUACAUGAACGUGUAAAAAAUUUUGAAAACGAGCUUGAUAUAACCAAACAAUCGCUUAACAAAUACAAGACUAUGUUGGAAGCGAAGCGAAAAAAGGGUAUUAUUAAACUAGGUUGUCAUGAUAAUGAUGAUAGUAUUUUAUCUCAUAAACAAGUGAAAACAAUGCUUGACAAUGGCGUUAACCUGCCUACGAAAACCGAAACUAUGCAAGAUUUGAAAGCUCUCUGCUUGGCGUUGCUUGAUAACUUAAACGAUAGGCACAUUGCGUUAAGUCAUCAAAAGAAAACUAAUAAAAUUCUAGCUACAAAAAUUGCUGAGCUAGAGCAACGCAUUCAGUGUUUGACAAACAAGGAGCAUACAGCUGAAACGACUUCUUCAAACAUUAGUGAAUACUCACCUUCUCAAUUGUUGCUGCAAGGCUAUAUCGCUUCAUCUGUUGAUUCAAGUGAUAUAUUUGACACAGAUGCGACGGCAACAAUAGCCAAUCAGAAAUGUUCUGUUAUAGUUAAAAUUAACGAUUCCGAAACCAUAACGACUGAUCGGGAGGACUCAAACCAAACAUCGCGUAUCGGUUUAUCGGAGGAUUCUGUAGAUUCUCUAUCAACAGAAUCGGGAAGGAGCAUACUAUCUUCGGAAUAUGGAGGCUUUACAGAUGCCAUUGGUACAUACAACCUUAGCAAUGCCUAUGAAACGCCAUCAACUACCACGGACUCUGGAGAUAAUUCAGGCAAAAAAAUAAAAGCUACAACUACACAACCGCAUAUAGCUAACGAUAUUGCUAGAGAAAGACAUAAUGAUUUAAAAGAUUUACCACCUGAGUUGGCUGCAAUGGUACAGAAGGCACUUCACGAAUUAGACCUGCGAGAUUUUGACGAAGUUGUAAACAUGAGUGAAGAAUGUGGAUAUCAAAUGGUAGCAGAUGAAAAAUCAUUUGAAACCCAUAAUGAACCUUGUGAGGAUAAUCAAAAUAAAUUGACCUCGUAAACUAAAGCUUAAAUUUAUGGCUACAAGGCUCCCUGUUUACUAAUAUUGACUGUUGAGUUUUCCGUUAUACGUGUGGUUUUUAUGUUUCCAUCAUUUUAUGAGAAUAUGUUGAAGAAUAGCUUAAGAAACGUCAUAAGCGUUGUUUUGCGCGAAUAAUAGUUUGUUACUAAAAUAUAUAAAAAUUAUAACUGA